ACCAUUGUUUUGUUUCAUCUCUCUUUCUUCCGCACGUGUAAAACGAAAACAUUUCCCAAAACGCAGAAACAGCUAAAAUAUGGGAAAACUCAACGUGACGGUGCUCAGAUACCUUUCCAAGGAGGAUUUUCGGGUCCUUACAGCCAUCGAGAUGGGCAUGAAAAACCACGAAUUGGUGCCAGGCCCGCUCGCAGCUGCCAUUGCCAAUCUCAAGACAGGUGGAGUCCACAAACUGCUCAAGGAACUGUGCAAGCACAAACUUCUUUCCUACGAGAGGGGCAAAAAAUAUGAUGGCUACCGGCUAACCAACACCGGCUACGAUUAUCUGGCCCUUAAAUCGCUCACCUUGAGGGGAUCUGUCAGUUCCUUUGGCAACCAGAUUGGCAUUGGCAAGGAAUCCAACAUCUACGUGGUGGCCGAUGAGGAAGGCACUCCCAUUUGCCUAAAACUUCAUCGUCUGGGGCGAACUUGCUUCAGGAAUGUGAAGUCCAAGCGUGACUACCAUGGUCGUCGGCACAAAGCUUCCUGGCUGUAUUUGUCUCGCAUCUCGGCCACCCGUGAGUUUGCCUACAUGUCCGCAUUGUAUGACCGCGGAUUCCCAGUUCCCAAACCCAUCGAUUUCAACCGGCAUUGCGUACUUAUGGAACUCGUUAACGGAUGGCCUAUGACCCAAGUUCACGAGGUUUUAGACGCUCCACAGGUCUACGAUGACCUUAUGAAUCUAAUUGUCCGCCUGGGGAAUUCAGGCGUCAUUCAUGGCGAUUUCAAUGAGUUCAAUUUAAUGCUUACGGAUGCCGGGAAACCAAUCUUGAUUGAUUUUCCACAAAUGAUGUCUACCUCGCAUGAGAAUGCUGAAUUCUUCUUUGAACGAGAUGUCACUUGUGUGCGAGAAAUGUUCCGUCGAAAGUUUGGCUACGAAAGCGAAGAUUACCCAAAGUUUAGUGACCUGGUGCGCGAAGAUGAUUUGGAUGCUGAAGUCCAUUGCACUGGCUACGGUUUUACAAAGGAAAUGGAGCAAGAUCUACUGCAAGAGUAUGGCAUGGUCGAACAAAAUGAGAACGAAGAUGAGGAGGCUGAUGAGGCACAGGAACCGCCCGAACUUGUUCCCGCUGCUGCUGAUGCAGAAAUAGACGAGUGCCGCCGCCAGGUGGAAAACGAAGUUUUCUACAGCGAGAACAAGCGAACACAGAAAUCUGAUGAAGCGGUGCGUCGCUAUAUAGAAUCGUGCACUCAGUAUUUGGGCAAUCUUGCAGUGGGUCCCGAGGUUCCCGAUCAGACAUUACCUCCAAAGACGGAAGAUACAGAUCAGACAUUACCUCAAAAGAGCGAAGGUAUAGAAAACAAAGCAAUCCCAGAGGCGGGGGAACCACUUGCAUCUGAUUCCGCUAUUUUAGAUGAAUCCAAAUCUAUAAGUUCCAACGAUCUGGAUACCGACGAAGUUCCCGAAUUGGUGGACUUGGACCCCAAUUCUCGCAUGUACCGCCUCAAAAUGGUCGAGCAGCUGUUGAAUGAUGCACGGAGCCAACGUUCCUACUCCACCACAACAAGCACCAUUGCUCAAUCCGUGAUCACCGACCGUAUAAGACGCAAUAUGGACAUUAAAGAGAAACGGGAGCAACGCAAGAAGUGCGUGGCGAAGGGAGAAGCCAGUGCUGUGCAUCGCCAUCGCAAGGACAAUAAGGAUGUGGUAAAGGAGUAUGCCGGUUGGGAUUUCUAGAGCAAAUUCAACGUAGUGAUAUGUAUCUUUUAAAUAAAACAGAAAAAUAUCUAAUACGUCAUCUUAA